AUGUUUAAUGCAAGUUGGAUUGCUCCUAAUUUAUUAACUAUGCAACUUUCAACUAAUAAUUAUUCUAAUAACUUACUAGAAAACUAUCCAAAGUUACCUUUAAUACCUCAAAAAAAUUAAUUUUUAACUUCAGAAAAACCUUAAUUUAGAAUAUCCUAAUAACUGCAUCAUUAAAAUAAAUAACUUACUUUUAAAGAAAUCUUUGAGAUCAAUAAGAAAAAUUAGGAAUUACUUAAUGAAUUAAUGAAUGCUUUAAAUCAUGAUUUGUAAUAUAAAUAACAAUAAAUUUAUACAAACAUUUAAAACUAAUAAGAUUAUGAACUAAAAGUUAAACCUGAUAGAAUACGAUAUCCAUCAGUUGAUAAUAAAAUCAAAAGUAAUAGAUCUCUAGAAAAUGUAGAUAAAUCUCUUUAAGUUAGUAUAAAAAAAUCUAAAAAAAAAUAUGAUUAAUUUUAAAACAAUUCCAGAACAGAAAAAUAACAUAAAAAAAGAAAUAUAAAUAGUGAUUCUAGUUUUGAGAUUGAUAAUAAACAAAAUUAUAAAUAUAAGGUUCUAAAUACUAAACAACUCAAUAAAAAAAAAGAAACACAAAAAUAUAGUUCUGAAGACUCUGAUUAGAGUUUAAUUGAUGAAUCACAUUAGAAUAAAAAAUUAAAAUUUAAAACUGUUGGUUAAGUAGUAUUUGCUGCUAUGUGUUUGUCAAGAAAAUAUAGAAUGUUAUAAUCAAAAAAAUAAGUAUUAAGAAAUUAAAUUAAUCAAAAUUAUUAAGAAUAUUAAAAAGUUAUUGAUUAAUUUUCUAAGAGAUAAGCAAUUAUUCAUGAAAAAUAAUAUUAUGCAUAUGUUGUAGAAAAAGUCAUAUAUCAUCUUAAAGAAUAAUCAUUCAUAGAAGAAACACAAAGAAUUCAAAAUUAAUCAAAAGAAUAUUAAAGUGAUUUAAGAAAAGUGCAUGUUUUUAAAUUUACUACUUUACUCUUUAAAAAUGUAGAAUUAUAUACUAGACAGAAUACUAUUACAGAUGUCAUAAGUAGUUUCAUAAAUACCAGUUUAUAUUAACAAACAGGUGUUCCAAUCUCUAAAUUUGUUGGAUAAAGAUGUCAUUUUUAUAAUGAAGAUCGUCUUAAAAUACCUAUAGAACAAUUAGUUUUGAUAGCAUUGGAAUAUUAUUUUUUUUGUAAUUUGAUUCCGUAUUUAUUUGAGAUUAUGACUGAUAUUUAAAAUAGCAAGAUAAUUGGAAAACUAAAAGUUAAAACUAAUCCAUUUCAUUUAAAUGAAUGUCAUUUUUAUAUUUGUGUUCUUGCUACCUUAAUUUAAUAAAAGAUUGUAUAAGUAUUUUCUUAAAUGAGAAGAAUCAAAAAUCCUAAUGGAAAUAUUGUUUAAAAAGUACUUAAAACAACAGAAUAACAAAAUUUAGUUAUUAAAGCACAAAUAGCUAUUAAUAAUCAAUUGGAUGAUAAUGAUGAAGAAAAUGAAAUAGUGAAAGGAUUAAUAUCAUCUGAUUUAAUAUUAGCACUUGAAGAAGAAAAACCAUAAUGGAAAAAAUUUAUAGAUAAAACUUUUUCAUAAAUAAUUACAAACUUUAGAAACAUAUUACCAAAAUGA